UGCUAGCAUUUCCACAACAUGGGGAAGCCAAGUGACAGCGUGCUUGUUACACAUGAAGCUUAGCCUGCUGGAAUUAGGAUAAGAUAACAGUUUACUUAUCUGUGUUGUUAUUUGUAUAGUUGAAGCUGCCAAAAUGGUGAAGGAGCAGUUCAGAGAGACAGACGUGGCUAAGAAAAUAAGCCACAUCUGCUUUGGGAUGAAAUCUGCUGAGCAGAUGCGUCAGCAGGCUCACAUCCAGGUGGUCAGUAAAAAUCUGUACAGUCAAGACACUAAACACACUCCACUGGCCUAUGGAGUGUUGGACCACCGUAUGGGUACCAGUGAGAAAGACCGACCUUGUCUGACAUGUGGAAAGAAUCUGGCAGAUUGUUUGGGACAUUAUGGCUACCUGGAUCUGGAGCUGCCAUGUUUUCAUGUUGGCUAUUUCAAAGCCAUCAUAGGAAUCUUACAGAUGAUUUGCAAGACAUGUUCCAGCAUAAUGCUGACAAAAGAGGAGAAACUGCAGUUCACAGAUCACUUGAAACGGCCUAACCUGGCCUAUCUCCAGAAACGAGGGUUGAAGAAGAAGAUCUCUGAUAAAUGCCGCAAAAGGACAAUCUGUCUGAGCUGUUCCGCUUUCAAUGGACCAGUGAAAAAGUGCGGGCUGCUUAAGAUCAUCCAUGAGAAGUAUAAAACAACAAAGAAGGUGGUGGAUCCUUUCGUGUCAGAGUUCCUGCAGUCCUUUGAUAUCGCCAUCGAGCACAACAAAGUGGUGGAACCUCUGCUGAGCAGAGCGCAGGAAAACCUGAACCCAUUGGUUGUGCUGAACCUGUUCAAGAGGAUUCCACAGGAAGACAUUCACCUGCUUCUGAUGAAUCCUGAGGCAGGGAAACCUGCGGACCUCAUCCUCACCCGCCUCCUGGUGCCACCUCUCUGCAUACGACCCUCUGUGGUCAGCGACCUGAAGUCGGGCACCAACGAGGACGACCUCACCAUGAAGCUCACGGAGAUAAUCUUCCUCAAUGACGUUAUCAAAAAGCAUCGUAUGACGGGGGCUAAGACUCAGAUGAUCAUGGAGGACUGGGACUUCCUCCAGCUGCAGUGUGCCCUUUACAUCAACAGCGAGCUUUCUGGAAUCCCCCUCAACAUGGCACCUAAGAAAUGGACCAGAGGUUUUGUGCAGAGACUCAAGGGGAAGCAAGGUCGAUUCAGAGGAAACCUCUCCGGGAAAAGAGUGGACUUCUCUGGCAGAACUGUCAUUUCUCCCGACCCAAACCUGAGGAUCGAUGAGGUGGCCGUCCCAGUACAUGUGGCCAAAAUCCUGACGUACCCAGAGAGGGUGAACAAGGCCAAUCUGGAGCUCAUGAGAAAACUUGUUCGCAACGGUCCCGAAGUUCACCCUGGAGCCAACUUCAUUCAGAAUCGUCACACACAGAUGAAAAGGUUUUUGAAAUAUGGAAACCGCGAAAAGAUCGCUCAGGAGCUGAGGUUCGGUGAUGUGGUUGAAAGGCACCUUAUAGACGGAGACAUCGUCCUCUUCAAUCGACAACCCUCUUUGCACAAACUCAGCAUCAUGGCCCACAUUGCCAGAGUAAAACCUCACAGGACGUUUAGAUUCAAUGAGUGUGUGUGCACCCCCUACAAUGCCGACUUUGACGGUGACGAAAUGAACCUUCAUCUACCUCAGACUGAAGAAGCCAAAGCUGAAGCCCUGGUCCUGAUGGGGACAAAAGCUAAUCUUGUUACUCCGAGAAAUGGCGAACCUCUGAUUGCUGCUAUUCAGGACUUUCUGACAGGGGCCUACCUCUUGACGCUGAAGGACACCUUCUUUGACAGAUCAAAAGCCUGUCAGAUAGUUGCCGCGAUCCUGGUGGGCAAAGAUGAGAAAAUCAGGGUCUCUCUCCCCCGACCGGCUAUAAUGAAGCCCAUGGCUCUCUGGACAGGCAAACAGAUUUUCAGCCUCAUUCUGAAGCCAAGUAAGGAAUGUCCAGUCAAGGCCAACCUGCGGACCAAGGGCAAACAGUACUGUGGCAAGGGAGAGGAUCUCUGUCAUAAUGACUCAUUCGUGGUGAUCCACAACAGUGAGCUUAUGUGUGGCAGCAUGGACAAGGGCACCUUGGGAUCCGGCUCCAAGAACAACAUCUUCUACAUCCUGCUGAGAGACUGGGGACAGCUGGAGGCUGCCAAUGCCAUGUCCCGCCUGGCAAGACUCGCUCCAGUGUAUCUUUCCAACCGAGGCUUUUCUAUUGGAAUUGGUGACGUGACACCGGGCCAGGGUCUGCUGAAGGCCAAACAGGACCUGCUGGAUGAUGGCUACCAGAAGUGUGACGAAUACAUCGAAGCUUUGCAGACGGGCAAGUUGCAGCAGCAGCCGGGCUGCACAGCGGAGGAGACCCUGGAGGCUCUCAUUUUGAGAGAGCUGUCUGUCAUCAGAGACCGAGCUGGCAGCGCCUGCCUCAGGGAGCUGGACAAGAGCAACAGCCCUCUCAUCAUGGCUCUUUGUGGCUCCAAAGGAUCCUUUAUUAAUAUCUCUCAGAUGAUUGCCUGUGUGGGCCAGCAGGCCAUAAGUGGCUCGCGAGUACCUGAUGGUUUUGAGAAUCGUUCCUUGCCUCACUUUGAAAAGCAUUCAAAGCUGCCUGCUGCUAAAGGCUUUGUGGCCGACAGCUUCUAUUCAGGCCUGACACCCACAGAGUUCUUCUUCCACACCAUGGCUGGGCGGGAGGGCCUGGUGGACACUGCUGUGAAAACAGCAGAGACUGGAUACAUGCAGAGGCGACUGGUGAAGUCCUUGGAGGAUUUGUGCUCGCAGUACGACCUGACAGUACGCAGCUCCACCGGCGACAUCAUUCAGUUUAUUUAUGGUGGCGACGGUCUGGACCCCGCUGCAAUGGAGGGAAAGGAUGAGCCGCUGGAGUUUAAGAGGGUCCUGGACAACAUCCGAGCAGUCUACACAUGUCAAGAUGAGCCUGCACUCAGUCAAAACGAGCUGGUCCUCACUGCAGAUGCUAUCAUGAAGAGAGCUGACUUCUUGUGCUGCAGAGACAGCUACUUGGAGGAGAUAAAGAAGUUUAUUAAGAGCAUCUCAGAAAGGAUCAAGAAGACCAGAGAUAAGUACGGCAUCAACGACAACGGAACAAGCGAGCCAAAAGUUCUCUAUCAGCUGGACCGCAUUACCCCCACCCAGCUAGAGAAGUUCCUUGAAACCUGCAGAGACAAAUACAUGAGAGCUCAGAUGGAGCCGGGGUCAGCUGUAGGGGCCCUGUGUGCGCAGAGCAUUGGAGAGCCUGGUACGCAGAUGACCCUGAAAACCUUCCACUUUGCUGGCGUAGCAUCAAUGAACAUCACUCUGGGGGUGCCUCGCAUCAAAGAGAUCAUCAAUGCCUCCAAGAACAUCAGCACCCCGAUAAUUACGGCCCAUUUGGAUGUGGAAGACGACGCUGACUUUGCCAGGCUGGUGAAGGGGAGGAUAGAGAAAACUCUUCUUGGAGAGAUUUCUGAAUACAUUGAAGAGGUUUUCCUACCGGAUGACUGUUUCAUCCUGGUGAAACUGUCACUGGAGAGAAUAAGACUGUUGCGACUGGAGGUAAAUGCAGAAACUGUGCGUUACUCUAUCUGCAUGUCUAAGCUGCGAGUGAAACCAGGAGACAUCGCUGUGCACGGCGAGGCAGUGGUGUGUGUGUCUCCACGAGAGAACAACAAAAGCUCCAUGUACUAUGUGUUGCAGUCAUUAAAAGAAGAGCUUCCUAAGGUGGUGGUUCAAGGAAUACCAGAGGUUGCCCGAGCUGUCAUUCACAUUGAUGAACAGAGCGGCAAGAACAAAUACAAACUCCUGGUGGAGGGGGACAACCUGCGAGCGGUCAUGGCUACACACGGAGUGAACGGAAGCAGGACCACUUCAAACAACACAUAUGAGGUUGAAAGGACCUUGGGUAUCGAGGCUGCUAGAUCGACCAUCAUCAAUGAGAUUCAGUACACCAUGGUCAACCACGGAAUGAGCAUUGACCGGCGUCAUGUCAUGCUUCUCGCAGAUCUCAUGUCCUAUAAGGGGGAGAUACUGGGAAUCACCAGGUUCGGUUUAGCCAAAAUGAAGGAGAGUGUCCUCAUGCUGGCCUCCUUCGAGAAAACAGCUGAUCAUCUUUUUGAUGCCGCCUACUUCGGACAAAAGGACUCUGUCUGCGGGGUGUCUGAGUGCAUCAUCAUGGGGAUUCCAAUGAAUAUCGGAACAGGACUCUUUAAACUCCUACACAAGGCUGACAAGGAUCCCUCUCCAGUCAAAAGGCCUCUCCUCUUUGACAGCGCAGACUUCCAUAUACCUCUGAUCACAUAGCAUCGAAGAGAGAAACAGCAAAGUUGUUUGAAGGGUUUUUUUUUUUUUUUUCCAGAGCCUGCUAUGAGACUAUUUUAAGAUUAUCUUCAGCAUAUACAGAAGUGCCUGCACAAGUGUCACAUCAUUUCGAUUUUGGGGAUCUACAGAAAGUGGGAUUGUGUCUUCUUAUUUUUGGCAUGAGCUUUUUCUUGAUGCCACAGACGCUGCAAAGCAAAUUUGUUAGCAUGUAAGAGAUGGUAUAAUUGCUUAUUGUUUCGUUUUGACUCGUUAGAUGCUUUAAACACUUGUUCUUUGCUGCUUAUCUUUUUUUUUUUUUACUUGUUUCUAAAAUGGUGUUUCUCAGGCGUUAUUAGGAUGUUACAUAAUCUUAUGUUCCCUCAGUGCCAUGGCACUGAACAGUUUUGGUAUUGUUUUGCAUGCAUAAUGUAACCCAAUUACAUGUGCAGCAGACUCUAGAAACAUUACCUCUUAAUCAUGAAGCAGACUUGAUUUGGCACUUAGUUUUGCAUCAUUAUAUAAACUUUGUUAGUAUCUAUUCGUCAGCUUCUGUCUGGCAAAAGACUCUUCAUUCACGCUGCAAAACCCACUUCAGGAGUGUUUCUGAAACCUUUGUUUUCAUAUAAGAUAAACAUGAAGUUCCAUCCUGUAUGAAGCAUAUUCAUAUAGUAAUGUUAUAAUGUAUAUAAUGUAAUAAAUUAAUGACAAAGAAAAACAUGGGAAAAUAAUUAUUCUACAGUGAUUGACCAAUUGAAGGCCAGAAUUGUUUAUGGUAGCACACCCUGUUGGCCAAUCAAGUUCUGUAAAGCAGUAACAUCACGUUUCAAGACAUUUUUCUUUCAUGGAUCAACCUUUGCCGAAGACAGAAUUCUAAAUUUGUCAGACAUGACCUCUUGAUAUUUUUAAACCAUGCUAGCAGUCAAUUGAUCAGUGGUUUCCACCAUUUUGGUACUCAACAAACCCAACCAUCAUUGGAUGGAUUGCAAUGAAAUUUUGUACAGACGUCCACGGUCCCCAGAUGUUGAGUCCCUCUGACUUUGGUGAUCCUUUAACUUAUCCUUUAGCAGCUAAAGGAUAAAGUUUAGCGCCUCUGUGAGGGAGACAUUUGUUGUUCAGGGUGAGAUAUCUCAACAAUUAACUGAUGGAAAUUUGCUACAGAUCUUAAAGGUGUGUCUGACUUUUCCUCUAGCUGCAUCAUCAAGUCAAAAUUUCAGUUCAAUACUUUUGUUCAUUUGUUCAUCGAAGAGCUGCAAAACUGACAUUCCCAUCAUCCUCAGCUGUACUUUGUGUUAAGAGCAACUUUAAGCAUACUAACACUAAAUGAAAAUGAUUCACACGGUAAACAUACCUGCUAAUCAGCAUGUUGCCAUGCUAGUGUUAGCCAUUAGCUCAGCGCACCACUGCACCUAACUACAGAGCGAUGGCUGUUGAUUUGAGCUGUGUCCCAAAUCAAUACUACCUACUCAACACUAAAGCAUACUCUGUUAGCAGUUAGCCUACAACAAAAUCAACAUACUUUGUAUACUAUCAGAUGUUAGUCAGACGGCAACUUAAACUUCACCAAAGGUUUGGACACACUUCCCCAUGGGAAGGUGUACUGCAAAUCAGAAUAUCUUUCCUAGGAUUUAAUACAUUUCUGUGUGUAAUAAGCGUGUAUUUUAUCGGAGCUGCCACCCACCCAUGGUUAACUUAUUUUUUCGAUUGUGUGUUUCGGCUCCAUUUAGCCACAGAACACAAUACGUACUGAAAACCUGCUUGGAAUCAGUGUGUAGUAUGGAACUGGGACAAGGCGUCAGUCUUGUUUUUCAUUUUUAAACCUGACCUCAGAAAGGGUCACAGUCGUUGCCAAAGACAGCAUUCAAGACAAUUUGUUUGACUUCCCGGCAUUUGUUGUCUGCGGCACACUAUAUGGGUCAGAUUCCCCGAUCAUUUCUCAUCAUUCAGAUGGUCCCAGAUGGUUACAAGCUUAAAUAUAAACACCUUUAAUGGGGCAGUGAAAAAAGUGUGUUGUUCUUUUCUUUUUGGGUCACCACUGGAAUCCAUUGUAACUGCCGUCUUCCACAAAGGAGCAAGUCAUAAACUUUCAUAUUUCAAGUCAACAGGGGUAUUUGACACUGAAAAGAUUUUAGAUGCAGUAUCCCUUUAAGCUCAUACUGUCAUACAUGUAGUACUGUUUAACUCCGGGGUGUUAAGUAGCUGCAGACAUUUGAUUGUCUGACAGCAUUUGUUGUUUAAUUGAUUAACCUCAUAGACACUGACACAGCUCUUACCCAGUGCAUCUCUCUGCAACGUGAACGUUUUGUGGCAGUUUUGGUACAUUUUCGGUACAUUUUCUGCUGAGUAAUUGGAAUAGUGCAUU